GAAUCACUCAGCCUGACUCCUCCCGCUCGCCGUAGGACCGAUCAGCUGUCUUUGUGUUCCUGCUGGUUGGAUGCUGGGGACUGGCAGUAGAUUUUUGAACAUGAUCGUCCUGCUUGUACUUCUCUCUACCUGGCUGGGAUGUGUCUGCCCUCUCUCAGCUCAGUCCAUACAGGCUUUCGUGAUUCCCCACAGCCACAUGGAUGUGGGAUGGGUGUACACAGUGCAGGAAAGCAUGCAUGCAUACGCUGCAAAUGUCUACACUACAGUUGUGGAAGAGCUGAUCAGAGGGGACCGAAGGAGGUUUAUAGUGGUGGAACAGGAGUUUUUCCGCUUGUGGUGGAAGUUGUUUGCUGGAAAUGUAGAAAAGCAGCAGGUGCGGCAGCUAAUUCGUGAAGGAAGGCUAGAGUUUAUUAUUGGAGGCCAGGUAAUGCACGAUGAGGCUCUCACUACAAUAGAUGAUCAGAUUUUACAGCUAACAGAAGGACAUGGGUUUAUUUAUGAAACGUUUGGAGUCAGGCCCCGUUUCUCAUGGCAUGUGGAUCCUUUUGGGGCCUCGGCUGCAUCACCUACUUUGUUUGCCAUGGCUGGAUUUAACGGUCACCUCAUCUCCCGAAUUGAUUAUGACACUAAAGCCAACAUGCAAAAUGCCAAGGAGCUACAGUUUAUUUGGAGAGGCUCCCCAUCUUUAGCAGACAAACAAGAGAUCUUCACCCAUUUAAUGGAUCAGUACAGUUACUGUACUCCUUCCGACCUACCGUUUUCCAACAGAUCAGGGUUUUACUGGAAUGGGGUUGCACUUUUUCCUGACCCCCCUAAAGAUGGCGUAUAUCCAAAUAUGAGUUUGCCUGUGACAGCCGACACAAUUCACCCUUAUGCAGAAACCAUGGUGAAGAAUAUCAGAGAGAGAGCGGCUUGGUUUAGAAGCAGUGACGUCUUGUGGCCGUGGGGAUGCGACAAGCAGUUCUUCAACGCAUCUGUUCAAUUCAACAACAUGGACCAGUUAAUUCACUACAUAAACAAACAUCAAGAAUUUGGUGUGACUGUAAAGUACUCCACCCUUGGAGAAUAUUUUAGGAACCUAUACAAUCGGAAUUUAACUUGGGGGCUCAGAGGGAACCAAGAUUUCCUUCCGUACUCUUCAGAUUCUUCCCAGGCAUGGACAGGGUUCUACGCAUCCCGCAAUGUUCUCAAAGGAGUCGCACGUAGAGCUAGUUCAUUGCUUUAUGCAGCAGAGUCGGCUUUUGCGCAGCAUCUUUUAAAGCGCCCGUCAGGUUCCCUGGACAAGGUUUGGGCUAUGGAGCAACUGAGGUCACUCAGAUGGGCUGUAUCAGAGGUCCAGCAUCAUGACGGGAUCACAGGCACAGAGUCCCCAAAAGUCAGAGACAUGUAUAUGACAAACCUGCUUCACGGUGCAGCAGGAGUAAGAAAGCUGAUGACUGCAAUUGUGCUGGAUUUGCACAGCCCCAAAGCUAACAGCCACGGGAAUGGAUUGAUUAAUAUCACUGUGUACAACCCAUUGGCGUGGGACGUUAAAACAUUUGUGUCUGUGCCCCUGAACAUUUCUGUCUCUGGUGUUAAUGAUGAGUUUGGACAGCCGGUGCCAGCACAGAUCCAAAAUUCCACUGAACCAUGGAAUGCCUUUGAUUUGUACAUCCUUGUUACCCUCAAAGGCCUUAGCUAUGGAAGAUACUCUAUCACGUUUGCUGACUCUGAUGCCGGGAAGGAUCCUCUUGUUAUGGGAAGAAUGAUAACAUUUGUCAGACAACCAAUAAAGAACAAAGCAAAACGCAAAAACCUGUUAACUCCUAUAAUGAAUGAUUGUUACACAGUCCUGCUUGAUCAGAACACAAACCUGCUGCACAGUAUCACUGACAGGGUGAGCAAUCGAACUAUCCAGGUAACGCAGGAAUUUCUGGAGUACCAUUCCAACGGUGACAUCGGUAAGGGCCCAAUAUCCGAUAACUACAUGUUCACCUCGGCUGGCCCUGCCAUCUCGGCCUAUAAGGCUGUAGGACUGGAAAUUAUAGCCGGGAAACUGGUUACUGAAAUUAGGCAGUAUUUCUACAGCAAUAUCACAGCAAAGACCUACCUGUAUGCCAUCUAUUCAAGAAUCUACAACGCACCGGAUGGAUUUGACAAAAGUCUUGUGUGCCACCACAUAGAGCAGCAUUACAGACUGGGUCCAAUAGAUCUCAAUCGGGAGUCCAUUAUAAGAACCAGUACAGAUCUGCGCACAAACAAGGACAUUUACACUGACAACAAUGGCUAUCAAAUGCAAAUGAGACAGUUCAAGAACUAUGACUCCAACACAGUGGCAAGGAACUAUUAUCCAAUGGUCAGAACUGCGUAUAUAGAGGACAACAGCACUCGCCUUGUUUUCCUCUCUGAAAGGGCACACGGGGUAUCCAGCCAGGAUAAUGGAGAAGUUGAGAUCAUGCUUCAUAGACGACUGUGGAAUAACCUUGAGUGGGAUCUCAACUAUAAUCUAACACUGAAUGAUACCUCAGUAAUUAGACCCACCAUGUGGCUCAUGCUUGGUUCUAGAGCUCUCACUGGGGCGCUGUAUCAGAGACUUGGAAUGGCGCUGGAGCACAGACCGUUGGUCAUAUUUACCCCACAAACAGAUAAAGGACAAGAACGUGGUGAAGAAUCAAACAAAACUACAGAUUCCCCCAUUACAUUACCUGACAACAUUCAUCUGCAGAUUUUGAGUAUUCCUGGUUGGUUCUAUUCCUCAAGCCACGCUGAACAUAUGCAGGAUCUACAUGCAGGCAAUGUUCGUGGCAGUGUUGCAGAUUUUCACCGUGUUCUCCUAAGAAUGCAGCAUCUGUACGAAACCGACGAAGACCCUGUCCUUUCGAAGCCCGUAACCAUAAACUUGCAAUCUCUCCUGAAAGGCUUAGGAACAGUGUCUUUAGUAGAGGAGCGAUCCCUCACUGGAACAUGGGAUAUCCAUACACUGAAACGCUGGAAGUGGGGAUCAAAGCAGAUAAAGGACACAGACCAAAGAGAUGACACGCUCAGGACAAAAGACUUCAUGAUCACUCUCUCACCCAAAGAAAUAAGAACACUGUUUGUCUACUUUCAAUAAAUCACCAAAAUGUAGCAUUUCAUGGACAGCCGACCUGUUCUUUACACACAAAAAAAGGAAACUAUUGGGUGUGAAAUCUGCCAGUCAUGAAGUGUUAACCUGUGCAGUGUGCAGAAUAUUCCUGUCCUGUCUAUGUAAGAGAUGGACGUCUUCAAUAAAACCAUAUUUCUCAGGUGUGACAGAUACAGCUGACUUGUGCGGAUAGAAAGCCACAAUAACGCUCAUAAUGAUCGGCAUUAAAUAUUGCAGCAAAAAUGCUUUUUCUAUGCGAUUUUAUAAUUAAACAAAUUAAUCUGGCUGUGCUAAA